AUUCCUACAUUCUAAAACGCAAAAUAAAAGAAAAUCAAAGAUAUAUCUAGGCUUACAAUCCAAUUCUUCUCAAUGGGAAGCCAAAUGAAGAAGCAAUGGCUUCAAUUUGCUUGUGUUUUGACAUUUUUCUUGAUUGCCACAUGCACUAUGGCAUAUACACCUUACAAUUCUUAUGAAUCAUCAGAUUCAACAUAUAAUAAAGUACCAACCACAGUAGUCAAAAGUGAAGACUUCAAGGUACCCUCAGAGUCGGAAAAGGAAUAUAAGUCGUCAUUCUUGUCAAAAAAUGAUUACUACAAGAAGCCAUCAAUUAUAGAGGAUAACUAUAAGAAAGUAUCACUUGUUCCCGAACAUGAAUCAUUCUUGCCAAAGAAUGACUACUACAAGAAGCCAUUAUUUUCGGAAGAUAACUACAAGAAGGAGUCAUAUGUUCCAGAGGUACCCUCGAAGGAUAAACCAGAAUAUAAGGAGUCAUUUUUGCCGAAAUUUGACUACUUCAAGCAGCCAUCGUUUUCAGAAGACAACUACAAAAAGACGUCAUAUGUUCCAGAGGUAUCCUCGAUGGCUAAACCAGAAUAUAAGGAGUCAUUUUUUUCAAAAUUUGACUACUUCAAGAAGCCAUUAGUUUCAGAAGAUAACUACAAGAAGACGUCAUAUGUUCCAAAGGUACCCACAGAGCCUAAAUCGGAAUACAAGGAGUCAUUUUUUCCAAAAUUUGACUACUUCAAGAAGCCAUUAGUUCAAGAAGAUAACUACGAGAAAGUGUCAAAUGUUCCAAAGGUACCAUCUUUGCCAAAGAAUGCCGACUACUAUAAGAAGUCAUUGGUUCCAGAAGAUAACUACAAAAAAGUGUCAUAUGUACCAAAGGUGCCCUCAGUGCCUAAAGAGGAAUACAAGAUACCUUCUUUGCCAAAGAAUGAUUACUACAAGAAGUCAUCAGUUACAGAAGAUAACUACAAAAAGGUACCAUUUGUUCCAAAAGUGCCCUCAGUGCCUAAAGAAGAGUAUAAGGUGCCUUCUUUGUCAAAAAAUGACUAUUACAAGAAGCCAAUAGUUUCAGAAGAUAACUACAAGAAGACGUCAUAUGUUCCAAAGGUACCUUCAGUGCCUAAAGAAGAAUACAAGGUGCCUUCUUUAUCAAAAAAUGACUACUACAAGAAGCCAUCAACUUCUCCAUCACCACCACCUCCAUAUUAUUGAAUUUCCAAUCUUUCAUGCUCAAAAUGCAUGUUUCAUUUAAUACCUUCUCCAGCUCAACAUAUAUAAACCAUAGGGUUCUCAUAUUAUGAGUUAGAAGGC